AAACAAUGCCUCAUUCACCAAACCAUGAUUUUUCUGUUCCUCUUGAUAGUGGUUUUCCAAGCGUUAGUCGGUGUUCAGAGUGAUUUGUCCCGAGCUCAUGUUGAGGAAAUCUCGGCGGGAAAUGAACGUGUUUCCAAUCAAAACAUUUGGAAGGCAACCGAAGAAGGUCGGGUGGAGCAAGUCCGCAAACUUUUACGUUCGGGACAUAGAAUGGAGGCAUCUAAUCAAAAUGGCGACACUGUUCUGCACGUUGCCUCGGGAAAUGGCCGCUUGGCUGUUGUGAAGCUUUUGAUCCUGUAUGGAUCAAAUGUGAACGCCAUAGACCGUCAGGGAGACACGCCUAUCAUGAGAGCCACCUAUAAUGGCCACAUCUCCAUCGUGAGGUACCUGCUACGUCGAAGAGCCGCCAUCGACAUUCAAAACGGCUUUGGCGCCUCUUGCCUAUUUUUGGCUGCCUCUCAGGGCUUCAUGGAAAUCGCGCAGAGCUUGUUGCGGAAACGAGCAGACACAGAAUUAAGCACGUUCGAUGGAGCCACCCCUUUGCUUGGGGCGGUCUUCGGGAAUCAUUUUGAUAUGGUGAACCUCCUCAUGCAAUACCGAGCAAACCCAUCGGCCAAAAAUGCCAGAAAAGAGACGGUCAUCCAUUUGGCCGUGAAGAAUAACCAAUUGAACGUCCUGGUGUUCUUCGUCAAGCGUUUCCAGGAUGUCAAUGCCAAGGACUACCUUGGCAAAUCCCCGGCUUACGUUGCUGCAGAGCUGGGCCAUAAGAUUGUUUUAGAUUAUUUGAUGAGUGUGGGAGCUCUGAUGUUGCCCACCAACGGUGGCCAAUAUCCAAUUCACAUUGCUUCCAUGAAAGGCUAUGGUGACAUUGUGGGCAUGAUGAUAGAGAGGAAGAUCGACAUCAACGUCCGGACAGAGGAAGGUCAUUCCGCUUUGGAUUUGGCAGCGUUGAACGGUCAUUCUAAUGUUAUGGAACUUCUCAUUGAUCGUGGAAAAGUUGUGCUAAAGAACGAUACCCUAAUUCAAGUGUUGGAAGUUGGAUUUGAAAACAUCAGCAAUCAAUUGAUUUCCAAUGGGGCCGACCUGACUGUCACGGAUGCCCAAGGGCACGGUCCGAUACAUCUUGGUGCAAAGCAUGGAUUACUCACGACACUACGACUUCUGGAGGCUCAAGGAGCCAAUCUUGACAUUCAGGAUUCCAAAGGCACAACCCCGCUAAUGAUGGCCACUCUGAGCCGGAGGAACGUUGUCGCCCAAUUCCUUUUAAGUAAGGGGGCCGAUCCUAACCUAAUUGACUUGGACGACAAGAGUGCCGCUCAUAUCGCUGCUUAUGUUGGCGAUGAACUGAUUCUUGGGCUCUUGUCAGAUUAUGGGGGAAACAUGGAGAUGAAGAUGUUUGGAGAGUUUACCCCACUCCAUAUUGCCAGUCAAACGAAUUCAGUGAACGUGGUUGAUCUCUUAUUAUCUAAAGGGGCAGCGGUCAACGCAAGAUUAUAUGAAGGUUCUACCCCUCUCCAUAUUGCAUCGUUCAAAGGGUUUGUGGAUAUGGCCAAAUUACUCUUGACCAACGGAGCAGAUCCCACGGCAGUCAACUCGAAGCUGUGGAACUCUCUUCACGUUUGUGCAGCAAAUAAUCAGCUGGCAAUCAUAAUUGCCAUGUUGAACUCGACGUCCACAUUAGACGUAAAUACCUUUAGUCUGCGACAGGAAACGCCCUUGCACAUUGCAAGUCGGAAGGGAUUUGUAUCAAUCGCUCAUCUCCUUUUGGACAAUGGGGCACAAGUCAACGCCCAAGAUUCUUUGGGCUGGACCGCCCUUCAUGGUGCGGCUGCUAAUGGCCAUCGCGAGGUGGUACGCAAGCUUGUGCAAUUCAAGGCCUCUUUACAGGUCCGGACGAACCUUAAUCGAACACCAGAAGUGCUGGCCACGCUCAAUGGACAUCAAAAGAUCAAAGAUUUAUUCACUGCAUAUUAUGCUUUAAUUACAUAGAUUUGAUAACAGACAUUAUCCGACAUGAUUGCUCCACAUUGAUUCUAAAGGGCUGCGGAUUGAAUCAAGUCCGCCAGCUCAUUGAUGUUCUGAUAAAAACUGCUUUCUAUCACCAAGUUAUCUCCAGCUCGUUCACAAAGAAGUUUGGCGAGUAGAUUUUGGAAGGCAAAGCCUUGACGUCCCAUCUGGGUGAUUGGAAUCUUACGGGUUGCUGACAAAAACAAAGUGGAGAGCAGGGACAACGCAAACGCCAAAUCAUCCUUGAUGAAAAUUUCCAUAUCCAUGUGGAUUUGAUCCAUUCUUCGUGCAGCCUCUUGGGAGAGGAACGGGGAUUUGACUGAAAACUCCUUCACAUUUGGUGACUUGAUCUCUUCCAGUCGCAUCGGGGCGCACAAUUCUAACAAAUGAGGACGGUCCAGGGUGGCUGCUUGGAAUUGCAGUUGAUCUACCAACAAGUCCAGGCUGACAACUUUGGAACAAAUGACACUGUAAAAGGGAAUGAAACUUGUCUCCCAGAUAACAACCUGAUCUUGGAGUGAGAGUUCACGGAACAUGUCAAAUUGUUGUAGAAUCAGUAGCGUACGUUGGGACCAAAUUCCCAUGAGGUGCCAAGCGCUCUUCAACUCCAUGGGUGUGCCUUUAUAUCCUAUAAUGAACAAGUCCUCAACUAACUUACCCUCAAAGGGGAUCUUUGCAAUACUUGUCCGAAUAAGUUUGAGGUGCGACUUUAUCCAAUCCCGCUCGUUGAGGGUCAACGUGGUUGAUCCCAUUAUUGAGAGUUGGGGAGAUGGCAAAUCAUCCAAGAAUUCAAAAGCUCCCAAUUGAUCCAAACUGGCCUUGUAAGGGUGCAUGGCAUGAACAUUCAAGCAACUCCAUGCUAGCUCCGGCAACGACUGAGGAAACUUACAGAAGUUCUUGAGCUGAAUGGCCAAAACCUGGAAUCGUUGGGAGAACGACUCAUUCUGGAAGAUACGAACUGAUCCCUUCCAUUGGGCCAGGGUGACCAAGGGAACCGCCACAGAAUGUCGUCCAAGAGUUAACCAAGCAAUCUGGUGGGAUCCGUAGUCGGCUGUGAAAUACUUGGCCAGAAUACACAACAGAAAUACUCUUGAUUGUUUAGCAAUCAUUUGAUUAAGUAGCGUGUGGUGUUGGUCCAACAUCCAGUAUGCAUUGAGAGCGAAUUCCAAAAACACCUGACGCAACGUGGCCAUAUGCUUGAAAAAAGUCACCUCCGACAAGGCGACUCCGGCUAAGUGGAAUUGGACAAGGCCGGCCUCAAAUAUGGGAUUGAUCUUGACCUCUUGGAUUAGCUUUCCCCAUAACUCGUGUAGGUUUCUAUCAGCAGGUCCUUUCGGCCAUAAGGUCUGGGCUGGAAAAAUUCGUUCCACACCUCGUGAUCCAAGAUCCGGACAAUAGAACCCGUGGGAGGUUACGGUGAAGCCAUCAUUCAUCAAUGAGUUGUUUCCAGAACCAUCUUCAUCGUCAUCAGCCCGAUCCUCGGAGCUUGAAACACUGCUUGAGGGUUCUUUGAACGAACUAGAUCGAGACAAGGUGGACAGCUUGGGUUGAUCUCCUUGCUUCUUCCUGAGACUUCGACGGAAACGCUCUUGUUUCUGACCUUCAUCCAAUACCAAUGAAACUUUCAUCCCAACAUUGAUGCACUGAUCGAAUCGACAUUUGGAGCAGUUUCGCCUGGUUUCGGGAGUGAUCUGACACGAAUUUCCGAAUUGACAAACCAAUUCAGACGAGACAGUUCGACGAUGGGCUCGUCGGAAAAAGGCCCGACAACUCGAACAAGUGGGAGCACCGUAGUUCAAAUGAAAGUUCUUGGAGGUGUCAUUGCACACGGAACAAAUCUUGGAUCUUUUGGGCUCAGACUUGUUCUCUGAUCCGCUACUUUCAUUGGACAUGAUCAAACGGUGUUUCGAGUACCUCAAGGCAAACCUUGGCAACGAAAACUUGACUAGUACUGAUGGCUCUCAUCUGAACUUUCCUCUUUUAGCGUUCAUCCUUGUGACUUUCCAUGAAAUGCUUGGUUCCACCGGGUGAUCCAGAUCCGCCUGAGGUGUUCAUUCAAAACAUAUGGAUUGUUUUUGGCGCGUCCAAGCUAAUCCAAAUUUAUUCACCAAGUCACCAAAUCAGGGACUACAGUUCGGUGUUGGCCACACUUCAAGCGUACUUUACAGAGACUGGACAUUUCUCCUCACCCUGUACGAAGGAUGGAGUGAAAUAUCCGCGAACACGAGGACGAACAGAGGGAAAGACAACGGAGAGAAAAGAAGCGAGAAGAGGAGCAAAGUACCUUGGUACAGUACAGAGAAAAGUUCUCGGGAACUGAGAUCAGAAACGGGUAUUUCCCUAACAGACUGUUUUCUGGUACCAAGGUGGAUUUUUUGAGAGAGUUGUUGGGAUUCUGAAGCUUUCCCUACCAAGAAUUUGAUUCGUAUAUCACACAACAACCAGGACGAAUGCAUCUAGUUCUGAAGUUUUGUUUAUGUACCGCUUAACAGACCAAACAGACCACAGACAGUCUCAACUUCUGUACCCUGGCACGUCUAUUCUUUCAAGUAUAACAAUGGCCUUGA